AUGAUUGAGAGAGUCCUGGUAGUCGGAGCAACAGGCAACAUUGGCAUCGCGGCUGUCAAGGGCGCUCUGCGUUCUGGGCGCCAAGUGCUGGCAGUAGUCCGGAAUCAAGCGUCAGCGGAUAAGCUCUUCAAACAUGUCGGGUCUUCGGAAGGCAUCGAUAUCGUCGAAGCAAGCGUUGUCUCUGACACUGGGAUCAAGACCGUCGUUCAUCAGGUCAAGGCUGGAAAGCUACCACCUUUCCAGCAUGUGUACACUUGCGGUUGGUUAUCAUCUCCCCGGACUAGCACCAGACUCCUGUCUUGCUAA